GUGAGGACUUGUGGCUCCCCGUCCCGGAAAAGACCGUCUGCAUCCUGUCGGACACAAGAGUCAGAAACCAUGAUCAAACGCAAACUAAACUUCAAGUGGUUUGGUAGUCUCACCAACCUCCGGCGGAAAUCAGACACCCAGAAGGACGAUGCCAAAAAGGUGUCCACCGAUGACUUGGGCAUGCAUCCACGGAGCCCGAGCUACGCCAGCUCCAGUGAAAUGUACACGCACAUGGGCACCAUGCCGCGUCACCCGAAGAAGGACAAAAGCUUGAAGAAGAGCAAGUCCAAGGACAAGACCAGCCUCAGUCGGAGUCAAAGCAUGAAACCUCCACAGGACCAUGUAGUUGAUUCCCCACUUCUCAGCGUACUCUCUGGGAAGGGCCUGGAGGCCCUGGAGAACUCCAUCUUAGAGGACAAGCCAGCUGUAGGAACCAGAGAUAAUCACAUUCAGAAUCGUGAACUUCCACCUCCACCAACUAUGGAUGGACACUCAGCAAAGCAGGAAGAUGAAGAUAAGGAGCCAGUAGAUGACUCCAAGCUACAUGUUGAUCCACCAAAUGCAUGUCUGGGAACGUCACCAGAUCUAUGUCAGAGCAAAGAGCCAGAGGUCCAGCCAGUGCUGCCCAAGAAGAGAUAUAAAGAAGGAGACACCUCCAUGAAGGAUGCUGAGGAGCUCCAGGUGGACAAUAACUUGAUUCAGUUACCUCUGAAAAUCGUCAGUCAGGUGGAGCAGAAGCAAGCAGCAUUGGAAGAUGCUAAAAUAGGAUCAGACUGUAAACAAGACAGUCAGGAAGAAAAAGAGCCUAACAGGUAA